AUGAACACUAUCGUUACCUCGAAUUUAUUCCGUCGAGGAGAACGUGUUGCCAUCGGUGCAUCAGGAGGCAAGGAUUCAACAGUGCUGGCCUAUGUUAUGAAAACACUCAACGAGCGAUACGAUUAUGGGUUGGAUUUAGUUUUACUGUCUAUUGAUGAAGGAAUCAAGGGAUAUCGUGAUGAUUCCUUGGAGGCUGUGGAAAGAAAUCGUGUGGAAUAUUGUAUGCCGUUGACUGUGCUCACGUACAAAGAUCUAUAUGGUUGGACGAUGGAUGAAAUUGUGGCGAAGAUAGGAAAAAAGAACAAUUGUACAUUCUGUGGUGUCUUUCGUCGACAGGCCCUUGACCGAGGUGCCCACAAAGUCGGUGCAUCUAAGCUAGUAACUGGCCAUAAUGCAGAUGAUAUGGCCGAGACUGUGCUGAUGAACGUUCUCCGAGGUGAUGUUGCUCGUCUACAACGUUGCACCAGUGCUCUCACUGGCGAAGAGGGUGAACUUCCCCGUGCCAAACCGUUGAAGUACUGCUUUGAAAAGGAUAUUGUCAUGUAUGCGCGACUGAACAAAUUGGAUUAUUUCUACACGGAAUGUGUUUAUGCUCCGGAUUCAUACCGUGCAUAUUCAAGGACAUUUAUCAAAGAUCUCGAACGAAUACGGCCGCAAUCGAUUUUAGAUUUGAUCAGAUCUGGUGAAUCAGUAGUUGUUAAAUCGGAGGUGGCUAUGCCCACACUUAUUAACUGCUCUAGAUGCGGGUAUAUGUCCAGCCAACCAUUAUGUAAGGCAUGCUUGUUGCUGGAAGGUUUGAAUACAGGAAAUACCGAUAUGGGGAUCAAACGGAAGACGAAGAAAAUUGCCAUUGUUGACGACGAAACUUCUAAGACUAGCUGUAGUGGUGGGUGUAACUGUGACGACAAUGUGACCGAAUCUUUUUGA